CUUACGUCACUGCCAGGAGCUGUCCACGCAGCGGUGGUGCUGAAGCUGAACAAGAUGGCUGUGUGUUGGGGACCGGAGAGCUGAGAGCGAAGGGGUGAAAGAGUCUCAGAUAUAAGCAGUCAGCUCAUUCAAACCAGAGCGACAGGACGGCGGAGCUGGCGUUCACCCUGCAACUGUGAAAACUUUCAUUUUGAUCAGCUGUAGCGAAUCCCGUCGGGCUCUGGUCCUGCUCGCUGGCGACGGCAGGCUUCUCCAUCUCCCGCCCAGCCAUUCAUCCCCGGACUGUAUACUGCACAGAUUAGCUCUGCCAGUUAGGAAGCUGGAUCCUGUACUAAAGGCGCAAAUAAGAGAUGUCAUUGCUGUGUGUUGGAGUGAAAAAAGGCAAGCUUGAUGGACCACAAGAGAAAUUCAACACAUACGUGACCCUGAAGGUGCAGAAUGUUAAGAGCACAACCAUCGCUGUCCGUGGCAGUCAGCCAUGUUGGGAGCAGGACUUCAUGUUUGAAAUAAACCGCCUUGAUCUGGGCCUCACAGUGGAGGUGUGGAACAAGGGGCUGAUCUGGGACACCAUGGUGGGCACCUUAUGGAUCCCCCUGCGCAGCAUACGGCAGUCCAAUGAGGAGGGACCAGGUCAGUGGCUGACCCUCGACUCCAAUGCGAUCAUGGCUGAGAACGAGAUCUGUGGAACCAAAGACCCAACCUUUCAUAGGCUGCUGCUUGACACACGCUUUGAGCUGCCACUAGACAUCCCAGAGGAAGAGGCCAGAUACUGGGCGAAGAAACUUGAACAACUUAAUGCCAUGAGAGAUCAAGAUUACGCCUAUCAGGAAGAGCAGGAGCGACCACUACAUGCACCAUCCACACAGUGCUGUAAUUGGAGUCUGUGGGGAGAUCAACAAAACGAGGACCCAGACAGCGCAGUGGAUGACAGGGACAGCGACUACCGCAGUGAGACCAGUAACAGCAUCCCACCUCCUUACUACACCACCUCCCAGCCCAAUGCUUCCAUGCACCAGUAUCCCAUGAGGCACCAGCACCACAGACACUCCUACACUGACGACAUCAAUGAGCUGGACUAUGAUCACAGAGCUAUGAGACGCUAUGAUAGUUUAGACUCGGCCACCAACGGGCGCAGUGAUAUCGACUCAGGCUCAGGGUCGAGCCGGCGCACCAGUCGUCAGUAUUCUCUAGACAGUAGGCACUCGCUGUCCGAUAGUCCCACAGACAGUCGUUACGCUUCGUCGGGCGAGCUGAGUCGAGGCAGCUCGCAGCUCAGCGAGGAGUUCGUUCCCGAGGAUGGUGAAAGCUUGAGAGGUUCGGAAUUCUACGAUGAGAACGACUCCUAUCAUUCCUGCCACUCUUCGGUCAGCUACGGCAAGGAAGAUUCCCCAGGUUGGGAUGGUGAGGAUCACCAAGGCAUCUACAGCGAUGAGGGAGGCUACCUCAAAGAUGGAGGGGAGGAGGGGGCUCUGUAUGACGAAGAAGAGGGAGACAUGUAUGGGGAGGAGGGAGAUUACAACUAUGAGGAGGAGGAGGAGAUGUCAUAUAAGGAAGAUGAAGAAAUGUAUCCACUGGAUGGCACACUGAGUGAAGACCAGGAGCCUCCCUAUACCCCCACACCCACAAGCACCGCCCCCACCUUGAUGCCCCCUUCUGAUGGUCUUUCCUCCACCAGGCCGCCGUUGGAGAAGCAGACGUCGCUGCAUCAGCAGCGACUUGCCCAGGAUCGGCCUCAGUCUCCCAGCACGGCUGCUGCCCUACCUCCGGUCUCACAGGACAGCACAAUGGCCCCUUCUCUUGCAGAUUCCACCAAGCCUCCCUUUGCACCCACACAGCAGGAUCUCUUUGGCACAACUACAACUACACCCACCCCCACAACUACAUCACAGGUUCCAGCUCCAGACAGCAAGCCUCUGGAGCCUGAGCCCAAAUCUGAAGUGCCAAAGGAGGAACCUCAGCCCCCCGAGCUUCCUCCGGCAACAGAGAGUGUCCCUCUGGCUCUUGAACAGAAGAAAGAGGAGCCUCCUGUUGCAAGCUUCCCAAAAAGGGAAAUCAUGGAGCCCGGUCCUGCCAGAGCUAAAGCCAACUGGCUUCGACUUUUCAGCAGAGUACGACUACAACUACAAGAGGCCCGAGGAGAAAGUGUUGGCAUUGCCUCUCUGCUUUUGUCAGCAGGGAUGGGUGGUGCUCUGUAUAGUAUUGACAGCAUGCCAGACCUCAGGAAGAGAAAAGCAAUGCCUCUGGUCAGCGAUCUGGCUAUGUCCUUGGUCCAGAACUCCAGGAAGGCGGGCAUCACCUCAGCCCUGACAUCAAGUACCCUACAUAAUGAAGAACUGAAGAGUCAUGUCUAUAAGAAGACCCUCCAGGCCCUCAUAUAUCCUAUUUCCUGCACCACCCCACACAACUUUGAGGUGUGGACAGCCACCACACCCACGUACUGCUAUGAAUGUGAGGGACUCCUCUGGGGUAUUGCUCGCCAGGGCAUGCGCUGUACUGAGUGUGGGGUGAAAUGCCACGAGAAGUGCCAGGAUCUACUCAACGCCGACUGUCUGCAAAGAGCGGCAGAGAAGAGCUCCAAGCACGGCGCCGAGGACCGAACUCAAAAUAUCAUCAUGGUUCUUAAGGAUCGCAUGAAGAUCCGUGAGAGGAACAAACCAGAGAUCUUUGAACUCAUUCAGGAAGUGUUCACCGUCCUCAAGUCCACACAUGUCACCCAGAUGAAGCAGAUCAAACAGAGCGUGCUCGAUGGCACCUCUAAAUGGUCGGCCAAGAUCAGCAUCACAGUGUUGUGUGCCCAGGGUCUACAAGCCAAGGAUAAAACUGGUUCCAGUGAUCCGUAUGUAACCGUCCAGGUUGGAAAGACGAAAAAGAGGACCAAGACCAUCUAUGGCAACCUCAACCCCGUCUGGGAGGAGACAUUUAAUUUUGAAUGUCACAACUCUUCAGACCGCAUCAAGGUGCGAGUGUGGGAUGAAGAUGAUGACAUUAAGUCUCGUGUGAAGCAGAAGUUCAAACGAGAGUCCGACGACUUCCUCGGUCAAACCAUCAUCGAGGUCCGCACUCUGAGCGGAGAGAUGGACGUCUGGUAUAAUCUGGACAAACGUACUGACAAAUCCGCUGUGUCUGGGGCCAUCCGCAUGCACAUAAGUGUAGAGAUCAAAGGCGAGGAAACGGUUGCUCCGUAUCACGUUCAGUACACCUGUCUGCACGAGAAUCUCUUCCAUUAUGUGACGGACAUCCAGAAUAAUGGUGUGGUGAAGAUUCCUGAUGCCAAAGGGGAUGAUGCAUGGAAAGUGUACUUUGAGGAAACUCCCCAGGAAAUCGUAGAUGAGUUUGCCAUGCGUUAUGGAGUCGAGUCCAUCUACCAGGCUAUGACCCAUUUUGCCUGCUUGUCAUCUAAGUACAUGUGCCCAGGUGUGCCUGCAGUGAUGAGUACCCUGCUGGCAAACAUCAAUGCCUACUACGCCCACACCACCCAGGCAACCAACAAUGUCUCUGCCUCUGACCGCUUUGCUGCUUCUAAUUUUGGGAAAGAGCGAUUUGUCAAGCUCCUCGAUCAGCUUCAUAACUCUCUGAGGAUCGACCUGUCCAUGUACCGGAACAACUUCCCGGCCAGCAGUCCUGAGAGACUGCAGGACCUCAAGUCCACAGUGGAUCUGCUCACCAGUAUAACCUUCUUCAGAAUGAAGGUCCAAGAGCUCCAGUCGCCACCCAGAGCCAGUCAGGUAGUGAAGGACUGUGUCAAAGCCUGUCUCAACUCCACCUAUGAAUACAUCUUUAAUAACUGCCAUGAGCUCUACAGUCGCGAGUAUCAGGCAGACCCGGCCAAGCAGGGUGCUGUGCCCCCAGAGGAGCAAGGACCCAGCAUCAAAAACCUCGACUUCUGGUCCAAGUUUAUCACACUUAUCGUCUCAAUCAUUGAGGAAGACAAGAACUCUUACACUCCUUGCCUAAAUCAAUUCCCUCAGGAGCUCAAUGUGGGUAAAAUCAGCGCGGAAGUUAUGUGGAACUUAUUUGCUCAGGAUAUGAAGUAUGCAAUGGAAGAGCAUGAAAAAAACCGCCUGUGCAAGAGUGCAGAUUACAUGAACCUGCACUUCAAGGUCAAGUGGCUGUACAACGAGUACUGCAAGGACCUGCCCUUCUUCAAGAGCAGAGUGCCUGAAUAUCCUGCGUGGUUUGAGCCAUUUGUCAUCCAGUGGCUGGAUGAAAACGAAGAAGUGUCUCGUGACUUUCUGCACGGUGCUUUGGAAAGAGACAAAAAAGAUGGGUUCCAGGUCACAUCGGAGCAUGCUCUGUUCUCCUGUUCGGUUGUGGAUGUCUUUUCCCAGCUCAACCAGAGCUUUGAGAUCAUCAGGAAGUUAGAGUGCCCAGAUCCGCAGAUUGUAGGACACUACAUGAAGCGCUUCGCCAAGACCAUCAGCAAUGUGCUUCUGUCCUAUGCUGACAUCAUAUCAAAGCUGUUUGCCAACUAUGUCACCAUGGAGAAAGUGCCCUGCAUCCUGAUCAACAACAUCCAGCAGCUGAGGGUGCAGCUGGAGAAGAUGUUUGAAGCCAUGGGUGGAAAAGAUCUGUGUGUUGAAGCUAGUGAUAUCCUGAAAGACCUGCAAGUCAAACUCAACAAUGUCAUGGAUGAUCUCAGCAGGGUCUUUGCUGUCAGUUUCCAGCCUCAUAUUGAGGAAAAUGUUAAGCAGAUGGGAGACAUCUUGGCUCAGGUUAAGGGAACCUCAAAUGUGGGAAAUGCCAGCAGCGUGGCCCAGGAUGCUGACAAUGUCCUGCAGCCAAUCAUGGAGUUCCUGGACAGCAACCUGACUUUGUUUGCUAAGAUCUGUGAAAAGACUGUGCUGAAACGUGUGUUGAAGGAGCUGUGGAAGCUGGUGAUGAACACCAUGGAGAAGACCAUCGUUCUGCCACCGCUCACAGACCAAACGAUGAUUGGGAGGCUGAAGAGUGCUUCUCACAGCGAUGGCACUCAGCUCAUCUUUAACGCUGCCAAGGAGCUCGGACAGCUGUCCAAGCUGAAGGAGCACAUGGUUCGUGAGGAGGCCAAAGCGCUAACACCCAAGCAGUGUGCUGUGAUAGAGUUGGCUCUCGACACCAUCAAGCAAUAUUUCCAUGCUGGUGGUGUGGGUCUGAAGAAGACAUUCCUGGAGAAGAGUCCUGACCUUCAGUCUCUCCACUACGCCCUGUCCCUUUACACGCAGGCCACAGACAAACUCAUAAAGACCUUUGUCCAAUCGCAGAACGCUCAAGUGUUCGGCGGGAAGGGGGUGAGAUUCACCACUAGUGAGGAUGUUUACCCAGAAAAGGGCUCUGGGGUGGACGAUGCUGUAGGAGAAGUGUCCAUCCAUGUGGAGAUUUUCACUCACCCGAACACCGGAGAGCACAAAGUCACGGUGAAAGUGGUCGCUGCAAAUGACCUGAGGUGGCAGACGCAGGGAAUAUUCCGGCCUUUUGUGGAGGUCUAUAUCAUCGGCCCUCACCUCAGUGACAAAAAGAGGAAGUACGCCACGAAGUCAAAGAACAACAGCUGGGCUCCCAAAUACAACGAGACCUUCACUUUCACCCUGAGUAAUGAGGUGGGUCCUGAGUGCUACGAGCUGCAGGUGUGCGUGAAGGACUACUGCUUUGCUCGAGAGGACCGCACCGUGGGCAUGGCUGUCCUUCAGCUGAAGGACGUGGCCCCUAAGGGCAGCGCCGCCUGCUGGCUGCCGCUGGGUAAACGCAUCCACAUGGAUGAGACGGGACUGACCGUCCUGCGCAUCCUCUCCCAGCGCAACAACGACGACGUGGCCAAGGAGUUCGUCAAGCUCAAGUCCGACCAGCGCUCUGCUGAGGAGGGCCGUAGCUAGGGGGCCAAAUCGCAGUUUAAAAUGCCACGUCAGGAACUCGAAUCAGAUCAGAGUAUCUGCCCAGGAGCUCUCCUGAGCCACUGCAAGCCACUGCCCCGAUUAUCCAGUGUUGUAAAAGCACACAUAAGACAAGAGUCGCCACACAUACUGUAAAUACAUUUAUUUCAGUGGAAAUGACAGAGUGCGAAGCAAAGCAUCACUCGUUUUCUGAAAACGCACCAGUGUCUUUAUUGUUACUGACUUCAUCAAACAUGUUUUUGAUUCAGUUAUACAUAGAGUUUAAUCUUAGAGCAUAUAACUACUUUCCUCUAAUCCCAGAGGAGAGCCAUGCCAUCCCACGCACACCUCACUUGACUGGUCAGAGUGAGAAAUAUCUUGUAGCCUUUAAUAUUUUGGCUUUCUUUCUCACUCUUUCUCUGCCUUUUUAACCUUACCCUCAACUUUACCGAUCCCCAGCUCCUCUCGUCCCUUCCCUAGUUUGCAACCACUUAGAGAAGGGACCGCAAGUGCCAACAAGGAAUUGCUCAAAUAUGCCAAGACCAGCCCUAAGCACAACCGGACCAACUGUCCACCUGACCCAUAAACAACUACAACGGCUGCAGCCUCAAACAUUCCAGAUAUUGGGUGGGGAACACAUACAGGGAACAAAGCACUAUUUAGUUAUGAUGAGUUUAAUAUUUAUUUACUUUUUUCUUCCAGAUUAUAUCUAUAUUUUAAUAAUUCUAUAUAUCAUCACAUAUAUAUAUAUAAACUAUUAAGGACAUAUGUAAAGAUAAAUACAGGAUUGUUCGAUGGAACUGUGGUCGGCUAAAGAUUGUCCUCGUCCGUCUCUCUGUCCGUCUACCCUGUAACAGAGCACACUGCCUGACACCCUUAAUGCCUUCCGUCUUGUAAACCCUUGCACAUUAUGUAUGUCCUGUUUCCUAUAUGAUAGAGAGCGGAGCCUGAUGAUCAAGCGCUGUAAAUCAUCGGACUGUAUGUGUGUGAAAAUGAGUGUGAAUGUGCGAUCCAGUGUUUGUAAUACGUUCUAAUGUCAACCUCGUGUGACCGCCCGUGUUGUCUGUCACCUGCAGAUGUAAUCACUGAAAGCCAUCACAAGUGAAGGACGUCACAACGGGUGGAGCGGGAGUGCGAUAAGAUUCGGGGGAUUUUUAUUGUUUCGUUCAGUUUGUUUAAUUUAGCACAGACCAAGGUUAUAUUGUGCUGCGGAUAUUUCCAUCUGGUUUACUGCAAACAUUCCUCAGCCAGGCAGCUCUGUAAGGACAGUCAACUGCCUUUAAAAAGUACGUGGUAAUUAAAGUCCUACAUGUAUAAUUAGAUUAUUAAAAACACAGUCCCUGAGAAGCUAAAAUAACCACGUGGGUUACACAACAGCACAUUCCCCAACACGGGGAGAGCACAUACCGCUAAUGAUCCAGCGCUUAUCGCGUCUAAUGAUCCACCUGCAGAUGCCGUAACCCUUAAUCGUGAGUGAGAAACGAGACCUCUGCUAAAGGGCUGCAGAUCCAGACCGAGCCAGGUCUGGAUGUGACAUUUAAAAGAGGGCCUACUGUCCACAGUACAGAGAUGUAGUGUGAAAAUUGAAGAAGCACAGGGGCUUUGCUACACAUAAAAACACAUUUAUACUCUGAGCUUGUUUUACAGCAGUUCACCUGAAGCUACGGUCACUUUCAUGUGAAACGAAAUGUUUUAAAACGACUGCUCGCUGUCUAACAUGUCUCUCAAUGCGACAUCUAUUUUUAAGAAAAUACCCUUUAAAAAAAAGAAUAUAUUUGUUGUUUUCUCGUGAACAAAGAAAUCAUGGGGGUGAUGAUAAUAACAGGAUGAUCGGUUGGUUGGAUGUUUUUCUGCCUCAUUACUAAGAUGCCCCCUCCCAAACCUGAAUAAUAUCAAAGUCCCCAUUAUUAGAACAAGGCCUACAAACUGAACUCUAUGCAUCUGAUCUAUAAAGUCUCUGUAGAUGAGUGAUUUGGAAUCAGUCUUAUAAUGUUUACAUUGUGGAUUAUUAUUCUAAUUAUAUCAGCACAAGCGUUUGUCUGAUAUGUUGUAAAUGCCGUCUCUGUUUUGAUGGGCCAAACAUCACAGCUGCGGUAGAGCUGACCAGAGACGGGAAGUUUGGUCAGCUCAGAGGAAACCGAUCGGGAGGGAGAUCGAUCGCUGCGGUCGGGUAGUUGUAAAUAGCUCGGAUGUAACAAACACGUCAUACUAUGUGAAGUGAAGUUUCGCUGCUCUUUUGUAGACUUGAAUUUUGCUGCGAGUGACUGCACAGCUGGUGUUUAUGUGCGACUGGGUGCCCAAUCUGGAAAUGUAGCUACUAUUGAAGGGUAUAGAAAGACCGCGUGCACUCUAGAGAUCAAUAACAGAGCGUCUGUAUUACUUUGAAUGGCUCCUGAUCAGGCCCCAUUAAAGUAAUGCAUCGUAUAUCAUUAUAUAUAACAUGCUGCCUGCUAGUGAAAACUACUCACAGCUAAAAGUUAAGCAAUCCCUUAAUAUGAUCUUGUGUGUGUACAAGGUCUUUUAUUAAGAGGGCACAUCUACUUUUAAUAGCAAAAUCAAAAACAGGUACGCAGCUGGAAAUGCCACGAAAAAAAACAAAAACUUUAUUGCUGUUGACAAUGAUACUUUAGGAGAGGAAAUUCUUCCCCUUCCUCCACCUUCAGAGGCCCGGACUGCGUGUUGGAUUAUCAGGUUGGCACGUUGAACAGGAACGCACACACAGAGGUGGAUGAAGCACAACGAAAAGCACACAGACACAAGUGGACACACAUGCAUGAUCCGUCCUGAAGUGUCUCGCUGAGCAGGCCACACAGACAGAUACCUGCACAGCGCUGCUGGUCCGGUACUUCCAGAUACGGUGCAUGAUAGGAACAAUAAACAAAAAGUAAAAAAACGUGUAUUGUGCCAGCACGCAUAAUUAUUUGAUGUUUAACUGCCAAUUGUUGUCGUCUUUAUUUUGAUAUUUAAUUAUCGUUUUCUAUUUUUCAAAUGUUUGUGAAUAUAUAAAUAUGUAUUACUGAUGCUGUGUAGUGGUACAAAGUACUCGCAUGAGAAUUUUUUUAUACACGAGAUGUUUCUAAAGAUUCUUUCUUUUGGGCUUGUUUUUUAUUAUUAUUAUUAUUAUUAUUAUGGUUGUUCUUAUUGGGGGUUGAGGUUGCUGGGACUGCAGUCUCAUUGUGUUUCUGCUUCCAAUAAAAUAUGAAAUAAAA